CUCAUUUAAUAUUUUUUUAGUUCUUGUGCGGGAUGUCGCAGAUGUUUUAUCGCAACCGAUUGCUAUGAAAAGUGGCGCCGCGGGUGAAAAGUAUCCUAUGGACUAUUUGAUAGCAGUAGAAAAGUCAAUGGGAACAAAACCACUAUACGAGUACAAAGGCUACAGUGAGACUUACGCGGGUGCAGCAAAGUCAUUGCAAGCUACUCCAAUGCCAGAUGAUACAAUUGAAAAUAAAGAUUUGGAAAUAGAAAUUUUUAAUGAAUUGCAAUCAUCGUUGCCACCAAAAUUAACACCGAUAAUUAAUAAAGAACUAGAUGCACCCGUUACUGAGGCUGCUACUAAACUAGCAAAAAUAGGGACCUUAAAAGGCAUUGCUUUUGAACAUUUGACAACUGCGAUGAAAGAAAAAGGCGAAGAACAACUUGUCAAAAAGAAGGAGUAUGAAGAAUCUUACGCAGCUGGAGGGCAUAGGUUAACAGACGCUCCAAAUCUUGCAACUAAGAAAGUAGAUGAAGUAGCCUACAGAAAAGUAAAAGAAAAACUUGAAAAACUUGUUGAAGAUAAACCACCCCCAGAAAAAGCCAAACAGCAAAUGGAAGCAAUAAUUGAUGAAUCUUCAAAAUACUUAACCGCACCAAUUGAAGAUGAACAGGAUAAAAGACGUUUCUUAGCCGAUUUGAUGAGUAGAAAACAAGAUGAAGUGUUAGCGCAAGAAAAAGCUUACAAAAUUACAUUCAAAGAAGGCGGACAAGAACUUUUAGAGGCUCCAGCUGUACCGGCAAAGCCGGUGGAUCCACGACUUAAAACUGAUUUGCAACAAAAAAUAGGAGGGGUUGUAACCCAGAAGGGUUUGCAAAGUAUAUUAAAAGAUACUGUAUCCGAUGCUGCGAGUAACUUAACAAAUAUUGUAAAAGGGAGAGGAGAAAUAAUAAGGAUAAUACACGAUGAUAUGAGAACUGAAGCGAAAAAACCUUUCUUAUCCGUUGGAAAAUUUAACAAGACACACGACGAAGCUGCGGAAAUGAUAGACAAAGCGUCAAAUUUUAGCACAUCCAAUUUUGCACCGAAAAUUCAUAGAAAAGUUACCGAUCGUAUUAACGAACUGCCUAUGAAAGGCGUUAGCGAACAAGCCAAGCCACACGUUCCAGACGCAGUGGAUACCGUUUCAAAAUACAUCGCUGGUGUCGCUACAAAAGAAUGCGGUCUGGACCCUAAGGCCCUUGAGGAAUGGGAAGGAAGCGAGGCAGAUAAACGUCGGAGAAGUAGCAGUCUACAAUCAAAGCUGCCGUCACAACCCCGACUACCUUCGCAACCGCGGCUACCAUCGCCACCCAAAAUACAAUCGCAAGAACAACUACAAGCGCAGCAACAACAACAACAGCAACAAAAACCGCAACAACAACCGCAACCGCAACCACCACCGCAACCGCAACCACCACCGCAACCGCAACCUCAACCGCAAGGACCACCUGAACCGCAACAGCCGAUACAAAUACGAAGUUUUCAGAAAAAAGAAGAACCAAAAAAACCCCAAAAACAAACAAAAGCAACAGAUGUCGACAUGGACCACGAACAAGCCGUACAAAUACUUCAACAGAAGCUCAAGGCUCGAGGCGGUGAAAUUUUUUACAAGCAACCUCAUAACGAACUAUCCCAUGCGAUGGCAGCCGACUGGAUAUCAGAGCCACCGCUGACUGCGGACAGGUCGGUGAAGGAGUCUUCAGACACGGGCCGAUUGCAGAAGAAAUUUGAGAGGAAAUUGAGUGCGCUCGUCGCCACCGACACGCCGCCGCAACUCAAAGAUUCCAUGCAAGAUGUUAUUAUUGAGUCUUCAAGGAAUCUCUCCGAAAAAUUCAUGUCUAAAAGUUACAAGGUACUCGCGCGGGAGGCUGUCAUUUCUGAGAUGCAGAAUCGUGGUAAUGAAAUUCUAGCAGAAGUGAAGGAAGACACCGAAUCUUAUUUCUACUCGGCUCAGAGGUUGAAGAAAAAUAAGAACAUUGAAGCGAACGCUCCUCGUGAAAUGAUUCAAGAACAGUUGUCACAGAAAUUAGGAGAAAUGAUCAAAGGCCGGGGCACACCACGGAAAGUGGCCCCGUAUAUAAAAGAAUAUGUUCAGACGACAACCGGAUAUUUGUCAGAACAUGUAACUAUACCAGAUAAGGAAAUCGAAGCGUACAUCGCGCUUCUGACUGAAGCAGAAGUGGCUGGUGACACUCCGCUCGUCGAAGGAAAAAUACAUAAAACACACGCCGAAGCUGUAGCAUAUUGGCGUAAACUGACGACUUUCGAGGAUGAAAUAAAAAGACCAGACGCGACCCUGCAGUCGUCUAUAGAGAACAAGCUCAAGAAGGUCAUGGAAGAUGUUACGCCGUCUGGUUACGACAAAACAGAUCUUAACAAUGUUAUCCAGCGUAAUGCUGGACUUCUUACAUCCUACGUCAAGCUGCAAGAGGAAAAGUCGGAAGCUUUAAAAAUAUUAGUAGAACAAAUGGAUAAAGAAAAAGACGCUGUUCUUUUGCGUCACGGCACACUGCGGAAAACACAUCUCGACGGCGCAAACCUUUUACGGACAAAGACAGCUGAUCAAUUAAGCGUUACAAAUGUAGAUCCUGUUGUGUCCAGAAAAAUACAAAUAAAAUUAAAAACAUUAGCAAACAAAAGCUUUGCAACAAAUAAGUACAAGGAUCUCAUUGAUGAUGUAGUUGAUGACGUCACAAAUUAUCUCGCCGUUUACUUCUUGCAACCAGAGAUAAUUCAAGUUUGCAAAUGCAUGAAGAAUGUCAUCGUCCAAUGCGAGUUAUGGUGCGAAGGAAGCUUGCGAAGAAUCGGCCGAGUUUGUUCCAGAAGAUCCCGCCACGUGGCAAUCCAGGACGUGUCAGACGUGUGUCCAGGGCGCGCCAUGCAGUUGGGCCCCUGCGGCCCGCGCAUCUGUGGCUCCGGAGUCGAGAUAUCUAUCAGACAGUGUCCACUAAAACACGCCAAGUCCUCACAAACAUGUCCCGUCUCUAAACCUUCGCCCGGCUGCGGGUCAAACAUCACAGCGGGCUAUGUCUUAUACCCCUCGCCUGGCGGACCUUUCGACAAUAUCCCGACGAAACUCUCCGCAUCAGAAUGCUCCGAAGAAAUGACAAUAGUAACCCCCGGAAGCGAUGCCUUUUCCACUAAUUAUAACUCUUCGGGCAAAGAUGUACUAUACGUUGACAGCCAGCAGCCUUUUCCGCCGCUAUUACCUUUUGAAAAGAAAACAUUGCCCAACUUUAGAUCACUGCAUAUGUUUGGGUCUACACCAACGGUGAUAGUUGCUCGAGAAACGAAUUCAAGUGUGACUGGAAGACCUAAGGUCCAGCCUCAAAGUUCAUGGACGACCCAGACUAGGAAUAUUUAUAGUUCACGGACUCCGAUUGUUACGACGGAUCAAAUGACCGACUGGCACUCUAUGAUGGUCAGCAUUAUGUGGAACGUACAAGCCUGGAAGACUUGGAUCCAUAAUAGUAUUAAGAAAAUUUUAACUUUUCAAGAAAACAGUGAUUUAGAAUUGGAUAAAACUUGGAUCAAUUUUCAAAGAACUACAACAACUGAAAUUUUACAAUGGACUCAAUAUAAGUCUUUUAGUCGACAACUAAUUAUACGUAUUGCUUCAAAGUACAAAAACAAAAAGAUUGUAUCACCGACAAGAACUACAGUGAAAACAAGAAAUUUUAUCGACACUCACAAUGAAAUGUUAGAUCUUAUUGAAAUGUUUAACAGAUGGACACAUUGGUUGACUGAUGCUAUAAAAGAGACGGACUUGCUUCGACAAUUUAAAGAUUCAUCAUCCGAACGAUGGCGAAUACUGAAAGAAAGAGUUAAAGAACAUUUGAAAGAGUGGGAACAAUGCAACGAACGUCUUUGUAGCCCUUGGGAAUCGAAAUUCAAGAGACAAUUAUCAGAGUGGGUUCCGGGAUGGCAGCAGCCGGGGCCGGUGUGGGUGAUCAGCGCGUGCGGCGCAGUGCCCAGCGCCGCGGUCUCCGCUGGCGUCUGCGACGGCGAGGAUACCUUUGUCGCGCGUACUACACAUAAUUGUAAAAUUCUGCCAGCGGCCCUUUGUCCUUCUAUGCAUUGUUGCGUCCUAUACUCUGGAGGCCGGAUAUAUCACUAUACAAAAUAUCAGGUGUUGUGCAACGCGUCAGUGGUGUGGCUGGCGUGGCGCGCGGGCACAUUGCCGGAGCGGGCGGUGCGCGUGGGCGCGGUGUACGUGGGCCGCGUGCGGUACCGCGCUUCCUACCUACUGGGCGCGGUGGCUCCGCCGCGCUAUCGCUGCCACGUCGUCAUGUUCAGCCGCCCAGUCGCCUUUGAUUGCUAUGAACUGCUUCUCUUGGAUGUCACCACUUGAUGUAUAAAUGGUCUUGAUAAAUUUGUCGGUCGGAAAAUUGUUGUAGAUCCGCUCUUGAAUUUUGAGCAGGUAAUUAUUUUUUAUAAAUACUUUGGUGUGAUGUGAAAUUGUGUUUUGACGUUCGAUUCUUUUCGAUUUGAAUUUUUAUUUUAUUAGGUGCUAGAACUUUGAAAGAAUUUUUAUCCUCUUAUUUUUUACUUUUAUUA